UGGUAGUAGUAACUACGCGAGUGAAGACUAACUAACAACGCAUUGGUCCAUCAUUUCUCCAGCCAGAAAUCGGCAUCAGCGAUUGGUGGGGCGUGUCCGAACGGCGGGGACGUGGUGGGCGUGUACCAGAACCAAGACGGCCGGGGGUGUCGAGCCGUGAGUGAUUGGGUGUGGGGGUGUGAUUGGACCUCAUCAUUCAGCCCGAUCCGACUCACGCCUUGAGCCUCGAUCUGUUAGCCAUCCAGGGACCAAAAAGCCCAGCCAGUCAGUCAGUCAGUCAGUCAGUCAGUCAGUCAGUCAGUUAAUUCAUUGGUCGAUCCAUCGAUUGAUCAGGCCUCAACAUGAGCGGACUCAAAAUGGACGUGGAGGCGUUCUUUCGCCGAGCCAAACGGUUCUACCAAGUCUGGAAGGAUCCGAGUUUAUCUUCGUAUCCCCAGGAGUUAUCGUCCAUGGAUGCGUUUUUGUGCGUGGUGGGGCAAGACGAGGACACGGUCUACGCCAAGUCCGUGUCUUGGCAGACGUGGUUGGUGGGUUACGAACUCACUGACACGCUCAUGCUCUUCACCGAGGGCGCCGUCCUCUGCCUGGCCUCCAAAAAGAAGAUCGAGUUCUUGCGGGCCCUCGAGAGUCCGCCGCCCGCCUACGAAGGCCACGUGCCGCCCGUGCGUCUGCUUAUCCGCGACAAGGCCGAUAAUGACCGUAAGAAUUUUGACAAGGUGCUGGAGGCCAUCCGCGAGUCCAAGCAAGGUGCCACCUUGGGCAUCUUUGUCAAAGAUCAAAAGUUCCCCGGUACCUUGCCCACGGCCUGGCGCGCCUUUUGGGACAAAGAAAAGGGCUCGAUCGCCAGCCAAGACGUGACCAACGCCUUGGCCUACUGUAUGGCGCCUAAGGAGGAAACUGAGCUAGCGGCCACCAAGAAGGCCGCCGGCGUCACUUCUGAGGUCUUUAGCAAGUUCCUGAAAGAGCAGAUCAUGGACAUCAUCGAUCAAGAUAAGUCCGUGAAACACUCGAAAUUGAGCGAAGGCGUCGAAAAGGCCAUUGUGGACAAGAAGUACGGACAGAACGUGGAUACCUCCCUACUCGAAAGCUGUUACCCGCCCAUUCUCCAAUCGGGUGGCAAUUACAAGCUCAAGUUCAGCGUGGUCAGCGACAAGGAAAACGUACAUUUCGGCGCCAUCAUUUGCGCCUUUGGGGCACGAUACAAGUCGUAUUGCUCGAAUAUCGUGCGAACCAUGUUGGUGGAUCCGUCCGAUGAGAUCCAGAAAACUUACGAGUUCCUGGUCUCCCUAGAAGAACACAUUUUGUCCAAACUGAAAGAUGGCGCCGUUUUAGGCAAAAUCUACGACAGCGUCGUGUCCAUGGUCAAAUCUGACAAACCCCAAUUGAUGUCCGGCCUGACGAAGAAUUUCGGGUUUGCCAUGGGCAUCGAAUUCCGAGAAGCCGCUCUGUCCAUCGCCAAAGAUUCUCAGGUUAAGGCCAAAAAGGGCAUGGUGUUCAACAUCAACAUUGGCUUCUCUGGACUCACCAACAAAUCUUCCGGAGACACCAAGGGCAAGAACAUUGCCCUUUUUGUCGGUGACACGGUCCUCGUGGGCGAGGGUGCCCCGGCCACUUUGCUUACGCCAAGCAAGAAAAAGAUCAAGAACAUCGCCAUCUUCCUCAAAGACGCCGACAGUUCGGAAGAGGAAAAAGAAAACAAAAACACCCGAGGGGUGGAUCAUGAGAGUUUUGGGCGUGGCAAGCGAUCGGCCGUCUUGGACCAGAAACUCCGACAGGAUACUACAGCCGAAGAGAAACGGAAAGCCCAUCAACGGGAACUCAUGCAGAAAAUGAACGAGGAGGCGCUCCGACGAAUCAAGAGUGGAGGCGAUACUCAGGAAAAGGUCAAGGUCCGGAAAGCGCCCGUGUCCUACAAAUCCCCGGGUCAAUUGCCCAGAGAGAGUGAAGUGAAGCAGCUCAAAAUUUAUGUUGACAAGAAGUACGAAACGAUCAUCUUACCCAUCUUUGGCAUCCCCACGCCGUUUCAUAUCGCGACCAUCAAAAACAUCUCCACCUCAGUCGAAGGAGACUUCACCUAUCUUCGGAUCAAUUUCUUUCAUCCCGGCGCUUCCAUUGGCAAAGAAGGCGGAGGAAGUUUCGCGUACAAUCCCGAAGCCAUCUUUCUUAAGGAAUUGACCUACCGAAGUACGAAUGUGCGCGAGCCCGGCGAAAUCAGUGCGCCCAGUUCGAAUUUGAACACCGCAUUUCGAUUGAUCAAGGAUAUCCAGAAGAAGUACAAGACCCGCGAAGCAGAACAAAAGGAGAUGGCAGACCUCGUGGAACAAGACACUCUCGUCAUCAGUACCAACAAGGGUAAUCCCAAACUCAAGGAUCUCUACAUUCGACCGAAUAUCGUGCAAAAACGUCUCUCCGGAGUCUUGGAGGCACAUGGCAACGGCUUCCGAUACACAUCCAUUCGAGGCGACAAAAUCGAUGUUCUUUACAACAACAUUAAGCACGCAUUCUUCCACCCCUGUGAUGGUGAGAUGAUCAUUCUCCUUCACUUUCACUUACGGAAUGCGAUCUUAUUUGGCAAGAAGAAGCACACGGACGUGCAGUUUUACACGGAGGUGGGCGAGAUCACCACCGAUUUGGGCAAGCAUCAACACAUGCACGACCGAGACGACCUGGCGGCUGAGCAAGCCGAGCGAGAGCUCCGCCACAAAUUGAAGCAGGCUUUCCGAAGCUUCUGUGACAAAGUGGCCCAAGUGACGAAAGACGAUCUGGAAUUUGACGUUCCGUUCAGGGAGUUGGGUUUCCACGGAGUACCCUUCAGGGAGACGGUGCUCCUUCAACCCACAGGAACGAGUCUCGUGAAUCUGACCUCUUGGCCCCCGUUCGUGAUCACAUUGGAAGACAUUCAGUUGGUACACUUCGAGCGCGUCCAGUUCCAAUUGAAGAAUUUCGACAUGGUGUUCAUUUUUAAGGAUUACAACAAAAAGGUCAUGAUGGUCACGACCAUCCCGAUGACCAUGUUAGAUCACGUCAAGGAAUGGCUCAAUUCCGUUGAUAUCAAGUACACGGAAGGCGUUCAAUCGUUGAAUUGGCCCAAGAUCAUGAAAACCAUCGUGGACGAUCCCGAGGGCUUCUUUGAAUCCGGAGGAUGGAGUUUUCUGGAUCCCGACAGUGACGGGGAGGAGGAAGACGACGAGGAAGACUCCGAAGACGAAGAGUUCAGAAUGAGUGGGAGUGCGUCGGACGAGGCCUUUGACGAGUCUGAGGAAGACUACUCCUCCGAGGUAUCCGAGGAAUCCUUUUCCGAAGAGGAACUCGACUCGGACGAAUCCUCGGGCAAAGACUGGUCGGACUUGGAGCGUGAAGCUGCCGAGGAUGAUCGUUACGACGACACAUCUGAAGUCCCGCCACGAUCCUCCAAAGAAAAAUCCAAGCACCGAUCUUCCCCCAGUAAAAAACACCGAUCUUCGGACAAAUCCGCCUCCUCUUCUCACGGAGGAAAACGCGAUCAUCGUGAUCGCGGGGGUCGUGAUCGCGGGGGUCGAGACCGAGAUCGCCAUUCAGACAAGCGGAAACGAGAGGGCAGCUCAAGUAGCAAACACCACAAGACCCCGAAGAAAUCCCGAAGAUGAGUUGCUUCUUCCCUCCAGUACUCCUAUCGAUAAGUUUGACAUAAACGAGUAUUAUGACGCGUACAACGACGAUCGCCGGUCGUGAUUUCAACGUGGAUACCACCGUUGGGGUCCUCCGAGGAGAGGAGAGUGUGUGCGUUCUUGCCUCACCCUCGUUGACCAUUUGAAAGAUCCACCGUUGCCCAGGACCUACCAGACACUCUCGCACCUCACUCCAGAUGUAACUUUUUAUGUACGAGUAUAAGUAAAAAUAAAUGAGUUACCUUCGAA